AUGGCCGAGGAAGCAUCGAAAAUCAGAAGCGAAGAAGAAACUCUGGCAGCCGGACCAUCGAGAAAUACUGAAGAAAAUCAACCUUGUCACGAACUCUCCGCCGUAUCCGUACAGUCAAGACUCCUACCAUUUUGGCGCGAAAUUCCACGAGCAUGGUUUAUACAAUUCGAAGCCGUCGUCGAACCUCUCAAGACAUCGGACGACAUGAAGUUCCGCUACGUUCUUCAACAGCUGCAAAACACAGAUCUCCAGCAUCUCACUGACAUCCUCUACAACCCGCCUAAGAAAGACAAAUACGCAACGAUCAAGAACCGCCUGCUCACCGUCUACGAGAAAUCAGAAGUCCAAAAUUUCCAGAAGCUCAUCAGCGGCCUAGAAAUCGGCGACCAGAAGCCUACACAGCUGCUCCGAAGGAUGCGAGAAUUAGCAGGCGGCAUGAUCACUGAAGAUGGUCUAAAAAUAGAAUGGCUCAAUCAUUUGCCGCCUUACAUACGUUGCGUGCUCUCCGUAAACAAUGAAUCAUCACUAGACACACUCGCAGCGAUGGCCGAUAAAAUGAUGGAGUAUUCCGGCGACAAAAACACUAUUGCAGCAGUCUCGUCGUCGUCUGCACCAUCAACCAGCAGAGAAAAUAGCGUCAUAGAAAUGAUGUCCAAGAAAAUCGAAGAGCUUACCAUUCAAGUGGCCGAACUACAUACUCACUCAUCGCGGCCGCACUAUCGCCGUCCCUUGCACACGCGCGCGCGGUACUCUCGCUCCCGGUCAAAGUCCGCGCGCCGAAGGCCUACGACAAAUCGCCUUUGUGUCCGCGAUCGCAACACUAACCAAUGUUUCCUCGUGGACACGGGCGCGGAUAUCUCCGUGUUAGCCGCCACUAUUAAAAACAAGAAAAAGGAAGAGGGUCCGUACACACUGUACGCCGCAAACAGCACGAAAAUAAAGACAUACGGCGAGAAAACUAUCACACUGAACCUGGGGCUACGAAGAUCUUUCACAUGGACAUUCAUCAUCGCCGACGUCAAGACAUCGAUAUUAGGAGCCGAUUUUCUUCGCCACUAUCAACUGCUAGUCGAUUUACAUAAGAACAAACUAAUCGACAGCGUCACAGAAUUAUCAGUGAAGACUAUAGAAAUCGCAAGUUCCGUCGACAGUAUUCGCCUGUUGAAAUCCGAGCAGGCAUACCACGACAUACUGAAGCAGUAUCCGGACAUUCUUCAUCCUUUUUCACUCAAGAAGCCCGUCAAACACGACGUCGUCCACCACAUAGAAACUACUGGACCGCCGCUCUCCGCCCGUCCCCGCCCGCUUCCGCCCGACAAAUACAAAGCCGCCAAAGAAGAAUUUAAGCGAAUGAUAGAAAUGGGCAUCUGUAAACCUUCAAAUAGUCCCUGGGCGAGCCCGAUGCAUAUAGUCCAGAAAAAUCAGCUGUCAGCGCGCUAA